CUUCUUGGUAAGAAUGGUCACCUUAUUAAAGUAGCUUGCACACUCAUCUGGAGCAGGAGUUGCCGAGCUGAGUGGAGAGGAAGCCUGGACUCUCACUAGUCAGUGAAACCACAGUUGCUGCCAUGGCCGGGAAGCCAGUGCUUCAUUACUUCAAUGGCCGGGGCCGAAUGGAAUGCAUCAGGUGGCUGCUGGCUGCAGCAGGGGUGGAGUUUGAAGAGAAGUUUAUAGAACGUCCAGAAGACUUGGAAAAGUUAAAAAAAGAUGGGAAACUGAUGUUUGACCAGGUGCCCAUGGUGGAGAUUGACGGGAUGAUGCUGGUGCAGACCAGAGCCAUUCUCAACUACAUUGCCACCAAAUACGACCUCUAUGGCAAGGACGUGAAGGAGAGAACCCUGAUUGACAUGUAUUCAGAGGGCAUUGUAGAUCUGACUGAAAUGAUCAUGCAACUGGUUGUAUGUCCCCCGGACCAGAAAGAAGCCAAGAUUUCCAUGAUAAAAGACAGGACCAAAAACCGGUACUUGCCUGCCUUUGAAAAAGUGUUGAAGAGCCAUGGACAAGACUACCUUGUUGGCAACAGGCUGACCAGGGUGGACAUUCACCUGCUGGAACUUCUCCUCUAUAUUGAAGAACUUGACUCCAGCCUUCUGGCCCCUUUCCCCCUGCUGAAGGCCCUGAAGAGCAGACUCAGCAGCCUACCGAAUGUGAAGAAGUUCCUACAGCCUGGCAGCCAGAGAAAGCCUCCCGUUGAUGCAAAACAAAUCGAAGAGGCUAGGAAGUUGUUCAAGUUCUAGGAAAGCUGCAUUGAGAGAGCCCACAGACACUAGAGUCUGGAGUUUUUAAAUAAUAAACAGCAAUUUUUUAUACUGGUAGUAGAGAAAAUGAACAUGAAUAAAGGAUAUAUAUAUAUGUCAUGUGUUCAACUUGUUGACCUGGGAUUGCAGGAUCACAUUCCAAGAAGGCAAAUAAUAAUCAUUACAAAUAAGAGCAAAGCUUGUAAAAAUAAGGAAAAAGUACACAAAAAGAACACUAACAAGAGAAAAGAAGUGACUAACAUCUUUGUAGAAUUAGCCAAAAAUAUUAAAGGUAACAUUAAUUACAAGACAAAGAAAUAAAAAUGAAAAAAUAGAAUAAAAAAUAAAGAAAAAAAUUAAGGUCUAAAAAAAGUGCAAUUAGGGGAGAAGGAAUUGGAUAACUAGUGUAAAGAUAUUUUAAAGAAAGAAAAAAUACCAGAGAAAACAAAAUUAAACAUUUAAAAUAGUGAGAGUGAAUCUGGAGAGCAGGCUCGCAAGUGACAAGCACUGGUUUUUCUUAGAGAGGCCCAGGUUAGGUGCCCAGCAUCUCCAUGACAUCUCACAACCAUCUGUAACUUCAUCUCCAUAGAACCUGAUGUCAUCUUCAGACCUCUGUGGUCACUGUUCACCCGUGAGAUACAUACAUAUAUGUAGCCUCAACACCUCAACAUGCAAAAUAAAAAUUAAAAAAUACUUUUAUAGUAAAAAUAGAGAGGAAAAUACACUUUCAAGCAAAAUAACAAUAACAGAAAAUAUCUUUGAAAAGUUUCUGUCUUUAGCUGGGUGUGGUGGCACAUGCCUUUAAUCCCAGCACUUGGGAAGCAGAGCUACAUGGAUCUUUGUGAAGUCUCAAGGCCAACCUGGUCUACAUAGUAACUUCCAGGACAGCUAGAGCUACAGAAUAGUGAUGCCCAGUCUCAAAUGAAUAAAUAAAUGAUAAAUAAAUUCUGUCCUUGCUCCACUGGAA